AUGUAUGAGGAGCAGGCCACCAAGGUGAAGAUCACGUCUGUGGUGAUUGUGGUGGGCAUGUUGUCCAUGCUGGCAGCCGUGGUGACGGACCACUGGGCAGUACUCAGCCCCCGUGUGGAGAAGCUCAAUGCCACCUGUGAAGCAGCACACUUUGGCCUCUGGAGGCUCUGUAAGAAGAGUAUCUACAUAGUACGAGAGGACCCUCAGGGCAAAGGCUGUGGCCCCAUCAGCUUACCUGGAGCAAAAAACUGCUCUUAUUUUAAACACUUCACAUCGGGAGAAGAGGCUGAAGUUUUUGAAGUAAAGACACAAAAAGAGUACAAUAUCUCUGCUGCAGCCAUCGCCAUCUUCAGCCUGUUCUUCAUGAUCCUGGGCACACUCUGUGUGGUCUUCUCGUUUGGAAAGGGCCGUGACUACCUGCUGAGGCCUGCUGGGAUGUUCUUUGCUUUCGCAGGCCUCUGCAUCAUCAUUUCGGUGGAGGUGAUGCGCCAGUCUGUCAAGAGAAUGAUUGCCAGUGACGAGACCAUCUGGAUUGAAUACUACUACUCGUGGUCCUUCACCUGUGCCUGUGCCGCCUUCACCCUUCUCAUUCUCAGUGGCGCCGCCCUGCUGGUCAUCUCUAUGCCGCACAUGCCCCGCAACCCAUGGGAGACCUGCAUGGAUGCUGAGCCAGAAGUGCUAGACUAAAGGAUUACAACUGAAGAGAGAAAUAUGUGAUACAGCCCUUUAAUGUUUGAAUUGCAUACAGAAUGUGCAGCUGCAAGUUAAAGUUUUUUUUUUCUUCAUGUAAUAGUAGUGUUUCUAUCCCUUUAAGCGUGCUUUACAGUGCAAUCAGAAAUCAUUUAUUAGAGGCUUUCUUUUUAGUAAAACAAGAAAAAGAAAUCUCGUAUGUAAAAAAAAAAAAGUUAUAUAUACUACUCCAUGUACACAGUGUGAAAGAAAGUUAAAUGAGAAAUUAUACAAAAUUUACCUUUAUGAGCUUAUAACCACACUAUAAUGGUUUCCCUCAUCAUUAGAUCACUCAGAGUUGUGUUUUGAUUGAUUCAUACAUGUUUGAGUAAUCCUGCAUUUAAAACUUGAGUGCUCAGAAAAUGUCUGUUUUCACCUACCCCGUAUCCCCGCUGUAGUGGACCAAACAGAAAGGCAAAGACAAGGUAUAAAAAUAAGUUUAAAUUUAAUAAAAUAAAAAUACAGAUUUAACAAAGGCUCAGAUUUGGUAACUCAUUAACAAAAAAACAAAAAACCCGGGCUCAAUUGAACAGAACAAAACUAACCCAACUUGACAAAGGAACAUGUGAGUUUAAAUACCAGAGGACCAACUAAAACUGAACACAAGAGGGGUGAAUUACACUAAAUAAUGAACUAAAAUUACUAACUUAAUCAAAAAAACAAAAAGGCAAAUAAGUAUAACACAGAAAACAAUAAGUGAUAAUAAAGUGACCUUAAACAAACUAGACAAACAAACUUAGCAAAACUAAAAAUGGUGCUCCCCCCCUUUGUUCAGCUUUGAUGGUCUCUGCCGAGGUUCCUCUGUCUGGCCACUCGAACAAAACAAAAAAGAACAAGUGUAAGUAAAUAAUUCUUAUACUAAAAUAUGUGCACCCAAAUUUGAAUACAAGUCUAAAUAAAGGAAUUAAAUAAUGUGUGAUGUAAUUAACUUAAUGUAAAUGAAAUUAAAUGAAAUAAUACUGACACUGUGGAGUGAUGGCAGAGGUCCACCACA